AUGGCCCACCUGCCCGUUCCCGAAUCCGGAUGUGCUUACAUCGCCACGCUUGCCCCGGCCGCCAUCGGCUUCGUCGGUUACUCGAUUUUUGCCGGAGAUGACCUGACGCAGAGAUGGUAUCAGACUCUCCCCCGCCGAGAGUGCGCCGCCAAGACCCUGAAAGCCUCCGCCCUCACCGAUUUUCUCUCCAUUUCUCCCCUAGGCUACGCUUCUUUCCUUGUCCACCGUGCUGCCGACCACUGCCCAUGCAACAAAAAGCUGGCGAUGAACGCCUACGGCCUGAACCUCUUGCUGUUGUUGGCCAAGAACUAUGCGACGAGGAACCAGAAUAAGACUCAUCUUGCCGGUACCUCCACCCUGGCCGCCAUCCUCGCCAUCGCCACUGCCGUCGGAUUCUACAAGGCCGACAAGACCGCCGGCCUUCUGAUGGCCCCGUACGCCGUGUGGACCAGCUUCCAAGCCUACAACUCGCUCCAGAAGGACAUUGUGACUGUGCACGGUGUUUCCGGCGAGCAGCCAAAGAGUCACUGGAAUUGGAUGAUCCGAGAGUUAUGCUUUGAUGGCAUUGUCGAAAGUGCCUAUUAUGAUGUAAACGACCACACACAUCAUCUCGCAUUUGCAAACCAGAUCACAGCAACCAGAGGGUUCUCUAGGUUCCAACAAAGCAUGCAACAGGCGUUGUCAAUGGCGCAGCAGGCGAAUCAAUUUGAGCGACAACACGUACUACGUCCUGGCGACGUCACGGGCCCGGCACCGACACCUCCAAGCUACCCAUACACGUCCGGGUUUUCGGCUCACCCUCCGAGCUAUACCUACACAUCUACCUCAUCUGGUCCAACGCCGGCGAGGAAUUCUGGCAAUCAGACGAUCGUCGUCGUGACAAAUAUCCCUGACGAAGACGACGCGGACCUGUGGAAAUAUAUGGUGAAACGGAUGGCAGGGGGCAAUGUGGAUCGUCUGAAAAGGGCUAUCCACCUUGGUCCGGACACUCGCCAGUUGCUUUUCGAAUCGGAGACCGCUGCGAAGGCGUUCAUCAAAGAAUAUGACAGGAAAAAGUACCCCUUCGGGAUGGCAGGCGAUACGAUGCGGAUGAAAAUUGCGGAUGAAGCAAUGAUACCCAACAAGAAAAAGCUGCUGAUCACUGGAUUAUCAGCUGAUUGGACCCCUGAGUUAAUCUACCACAAUUUGCUCGGUGCGAGCACCAUGAUCAAGGGCGGAAUCCAAGGAGUCAGGCCUAUGGAGAAGCCCGGAUCUGGCAUCUACCAAGUCAUUGUCGAAUUUUUCUCUGAAGACGCUUGCCUAGAGGCCAUGCAACGAUGUCGGCAAAACUCUAUGGGUUCCAUCAUGCGAGCUAAGCACGUAUUGGAGCCGUUUUCAAACUUCGAAUCGCCGCAUAAGAAGCUCGUGCUCAGAGGGCUGCCAAAAGACGCGACAAAAGCUGAUAUCAUCCGCUAUGUCUUUAUGAACGAUCCGGAAUUGAUUCACGAAAGCAUCAGCCUCCACAACCUAAAUUGUACGGCGGAGUUCAAGACCGAAGAGGCAGCGACUCGGAUGUUCGUUGACAUCAACAAAAAGCCUUAUCGUGGCAACGGGCCAUUGCUGCAUGUCGAAUGGUUCACGUCGAAU